AUGACCGGUAGAGGAAAAGGAGGCAAAGGCUUGGGAAAAGGUGGCGCGAAACGUCAUCGCAAAGUCCUGCGCGACAACAUCCAGGGCAUAACGAAACCGGCCAUCAGAAGAUUGGCCCGUCGCGGCGGUGUGAAACGUAUCUCCGGGUUGAUCUACGAAGAAACCAGAGCCGUCCUCAAGGUGUUCCUCGAGAACGUGAUCCGUGACGCCGUCACCUACACCGAACACGCCAAACGUAAGACCGUCACCGCCAUGGACGUCGUCUACGCUUUGAAACGUCAAGGACGCACCCUCUACGGUUUCGGCGGUUAAUUUUUUGCAAUAGCAAGAAAUUUAAUCGUCGGUGAUUUUGAUUCUUUGACUUUUCCGUAUAUACGCCACGACAACAAACGAGAUCGGAGAAAAAAAAAAACGGUUCUUUUCAGAACCACAAAAUUUUUCUAACGAAUAAA